CUUGUAGUCGAGCAUUUCUACGUCAUGCUGCCGGAAGUUCCGGCGGAGCAGGACGGAAGUAGGUACGUGGCUGCUUCAGCUGACAUUCUGCACGAUGGCGACAGAGGUUCAGAGCGGCGACCUCAACAGUGCAAAUUCAAGCCGGCUCGAAGUUUCUAUCGACGGUUUGACUUUGAGCCCGGAUUCUGAGGGCGAACAGGAGCAGGCCGAGACGCCCGCCGGCCAGACGGCGGAGCAGAGCGCUGGGAACCCUGAGCUGAGCGGCGAUGGGGAGGAGGGCGACCCUGCCAACAGCGCUACGAUCGAGAGGAAAUGGGGCUUUUCUUUAGUCGAGCUCUACUCGCUGGCGCUCAGAUUCUUUAAAGAGAAAGAUGGGAAAGCCUUCCAUCCGACCUAUGAGGAUAAACUCCGUCUGGUAGCCCUCCAUAAGCAAGUGUUGCUGGGGCCUUACAACCCAGAUGCUUCCCCUGAGGUGGGCUUCUUUGAUGUGCUGGGAAAUGACCGCAGAAAGGAAUGGGCAUCUUUGGGCAACUUGGAGAAGGAUGAGGCCAUGCUGGAGUUUGUAAAGCUGUUGAACAAAUGUUGCAAUUUAUUUGCACCUUUCGUCGCGUCACACAAGAUUGAAAAGGAGGAGCAAGAGAGAAAAAGGAGGGAGGAAGAGGAACAGCGGCGUAGAGAGGAAGAGGAGCGUGAGCGACUGCGGCAGGAGGAGGAGAGACGCAGACGUGAGGAAGAGGAGAGGCUGAGGAGAGAAGAGGAGGAGAGAAGACAAGUUGAGGAGGAACGAUUCCGUGUAGAGCAACAGAAACAGCAGAUCAUGGCUGCAUUGAAUGCGCAGACAGCGGUGCAGUUCCAGCAGUAUGCAGCGCAGCAGUACCCCGACAGUCCCGAGCAGCAGCUCAUCCUCAUUCGACAGCUGCAGGAGCAGCACUAUCAGCAGUACAUGCAGCAGCUGUAUCAGGUGCAACUCGCUCAGCAGCAGGCUGCCCUGCAGAAACAGCAGGAGGAUGCUAUAGUGCUGUCUACAUUAGAGGCCAGUGAGGUGUCAGCGCCUUCUGCUGGAGAGGAGGCUCCCUCACUGAACGGCCAGGCAGAGUCCACUACUGACAGCUUAGAACGAGAGCCGGACUUGGAGCCUGCAGACGAGGUCACUGAGAAUGGACCCACAGACUCUCCCCCUGUAAUAGCAGCCCCCUCCAUGUGGACCAGGCCACAGAUAAAAGACUUUAAAGAGAAGAUCCGUCAGGAUGUGGACUCUGUGAUCACGGUGGGCCGGGGGGAAGUGGUGACCGUCCGGGUUCCCACCCACGAGGAGGGCUCCUAUCUCUUCUGGGAGUUUGCCACUGACUAUUACGACAUUGGCUUUGGAGUCUUCUUUGAAUGGACUGACUCUACUAACGCAUCGGUCAGCGUGCAUGUCAGCGAGUCUAGUGACGAAGACGAGGAUGAAGAAGGUGAAGGCCAGCCUGAAGAGGAGAAAGCCAAGAAAGAGGCUGGGAAACCGCAGGUGGAUGAGAUAGUGCCGGUGUACCGGCGGGACUGUCAUGAAGAGGUGUACGCUGGGAGUCACCAGUAUCCUGGCCGUGGUAUAUACUUGCUCAAGUUUGACAACUCCUACUCGCUCUGGAGGUCUAAAACAGUCUACUACAGAGUAUAUUACACCAGAUAAGCCUGGAGUCAAGACUGUGGGACAGGAAUAUGUGCGUGUAUGUUAAGAGAUAGAUGGAAAGAGAGAGAGAUCAAAAAUAAAGAAAUUUAUGGGAUGUCCACUACCGGGGAAGGGACAAAGAGAUUUAACAUGAGUGUGUGUGUGUGUGUGUGUUUCGAUGUGUAUGCAAACUGUAUGAGUGUGUCUGUCAUGCUGUUUGAGUCCAGGAGGAAUGGGCCAUGUGCUUGGCACCUCUGUUUUGCACUCUAAAAGAUGUACUCUAUGAUUUUGUGCUUGAUAUUCUAACUUCAGCCUCCAUCUUCUAAUGUCAUCCAAAGAGGUGCAGGAUAAAUUAGUGUGUCCUCAUUAAAACGGCCUACAAACGACAUGUUUAGAUAAUAAACAACGGAGCAAACACUAACACGCCUUUCUCCUGGAGUACUUCCUUAUUUAGGUCAACACUGAGUAAAUCAGCCAAUGGAGUGCAUCUGUACUCAUGUUUUCCUCCUAUCAGCACACAGAACUGAAGCAUCGGUGAGUGUGAGAUAAAACGAAUGGAAAGGACUUUUCUAACAAUGCAAAGGUGGAUCUGGAGGCCUUUACGUGAGAAGAUUUUGCAACAUUUUAUAAAUCAGAUGGAUUGUGUCUAAAACAUUUAAUAUUUAUUAAUCUCUGUGGUAGAGUAGGGUCAUGUUUGUGUCUGUAAGUCCUAUAACAUUUAUCCCAUCUCUCCAUCAUUCGCUUCUCUGCUUCCACAGAGCCCCAGAUUUAUUGUCUGUGUUCGUUUUUUGUAUCUUCGGUUUGUUUUGCAUAUGUCAUCAAUGCGAGAUUUAUCAGUAUUGACUUUUAAUGUGGCACAGCUAGUAGUUUGAAAUAGGCUUGCCUUUCAGUUCGGUCAUUUCUUGGUUGCUUUAUGCAUGUAGUUACAAACAGCCAUGUAAGAACUUCAAACUUAAUGUAUAUUGAUUUAAAUUUCUACUCGUCACUCUUAUACUUGGUUCUCUAUGGCAGAAAUAACAAGCAUCUCUCAUUGUCAUUAUAUUAUUAAUGAAGUGUUUGUAUAGCUGAUUGAGACUAACUAUCAAAAGCUGCAUCUGAGUUGCUGAUUAACUUUUUCUGUUAUUUAUUGGACUGACAGUGCAUUGAAGAUUAUUACAGUGAAGUUCCUAAGGAUUUGCAGACUUCUUUUCUUCAAAAAUAUCUGCUCUAGUCACUCUGGAUUCGUCACUGGCUGUGUCGUUGAGUAAAAUGUGUCGCGUUCAUGAUUGUAUGUCAAAGACGCCUGUGUAAUGCAGGUCACUGCUAUCCAACUGUGAUCAAACAUCGUCCAUAUAUACAGAUGCAGAUGCUGUUACACUGUGUUCACAUGAUGAAUAAAGCAGUGUGUUGGAGUGUUAAGAGCUGUGAUGAUUCAGUGUUCAUAGAGACUGUCGUGAUAAAGCUGUCCAAAGACUACAUUAAUGUCACAUGUACAGUUGAUUGGUUACAAAAGUUCCUGUGUUUAUUCCUUCCAUGUAUUUUUCUUUUUCACUUUUUGUAAUGCUGACUUCAGGCCUCUGUGUAGUGAAAGUGUAACGUUUGGCAUGAUACUAAACGUACAGCUUUUGGGGAAAAGACAACAAGCAAUAGGGUAACUGAUCUGAAAAUUGUCUUCAUAUUUAAAGUGGAAACUCCAGUAAUUUUUCUGACCAUAAAGGCAUGAAGAAGUGUUUUUGUAUUGGUUUCGCUAGUGUGAUCUGAUCUGUAUGCAUUCGAGGAUGAGUGUCCUGUAUAUUUGAUUAAACUUGCGUUCCUCUGUAUGUA